UCCGACAGCGAGUCCGAAAUAUCUAAAGUACAGUUAUCGAUAAUUGUAAAACAAAUAAUGCCUUUGCAAUUUCAAUAAUAUGCUGUAAUAUCCGUAUAGAUUGCAGAAGAUAAAAAUAGCCCGUUUUCUAAAGAAAGUAUGAUAGAACGGCCAGUGAUCGAUACAGAUUCUGGUUCUCCAUACGAAAAUCGCAAGUACAUCGAGUCCGUGACACGUAAAGUGUUGAAGCAAAAUCUGAAUACGGAGAAACAAGCGGCAAUUAGUUCGCAGGAUCUACACGAGUCCUUCGUAGAAUCUUUGGAUUGGCACGAUGACUUCGACGAUGACGUGAAGAUCAGAUUUGGCAGAGGACUGAAGGCUAUAGACGAAACGGUGAUUUCUGACUCGAUUAAAACUCGAAAGCGAGAUAAUAAAUUAGAUGUAGCAAGUACGACUAAUGUAAGCUCGAAACUUCGUAAUUCCCCGCCAAUAUUUUACGACAAUUCGUCGAUUUCGCAAGAUUGGCACAAUAAUACGAUUACGGAUUUGAUCGAUAUUUUUAACGUUCAUCAUGGCGCAUCUGAUCAGAGCAUGAAAAAAGCUCAACAGCCGAUUUUGAUGAAUGUGGAUAGCGAUGAGGAUCUCGAAGUAGCUGAACAAAAAUAUGUAAAUCAUGAAACACCGAGGAUUAAAAGGACAGCUCCUUCGUAUCGUGCUUUUUACGACGACAUGAAUCACAAUCAACGCGACUUCGAGGAAGCGGACGAAAAUCUAGGUGAUAGUUUUCAGCUUCCGAAUAAUCUCGAGGAUCGAUAUGAUGGAGUAUACGACGGACACGCGACUCCGUACGGGAACAACGAUAUACAGGACCUUGAUCCAUAUUUUAAAACGACGCGAAGCACCAAUUCGAGGAAAAAGAAAAAGCCUGGGAAGAAGCAUUCCUCGGAUAAACAUGGAAAAAAAAGUAAUUUGCAUUCAUCUUCGAGUAGAAACAGAAGACAUCAUACGCAUCGAUCUGAUAUGUCGAAGAACGCCGAUCGAGGCGGCUGGAAGCCGAAGAAAAAAGACAAGUCUGAAGCGUCCUCUUUGGCUGGACACACUAGAGUUCAGAAGAGCAAAACAGCCGAGCAAGGGUUCCUUCGUGCGGGAAUAAACGAGGCACUGGGCGAAAAAGUGCUUUACGAGAACGCGGAGGAUCAGAGCACAGUGAAGUCGGAGGAGGACGACGCGCGGAGAAAGGAAAUUACGCUGCUCCUCGCAGCCGACAGCAUCGACGACGAGUCGCAGAUGGACGUGGCUCUUCACGGCGAGCUGGCUGGAAAAAUUGUCGAGCAAAUAUUCCAGCAGGCAAGUAAAGGAUCGCGCGAUAUCAAAACUGUUCAGAAAAAUGAUCAAUUGAAGAGUGUCCUUGCUCCUGGACUUCAACGCAAUUAUAAAACAGAAGACGUGAUAGCGGUGGAUAAAAUUUAUCGGCAAGGAUUUAACGAGACUGGAAUGAAUCAUACGGAAACCAUGAUGAAGAGAAUUAUGGAGCUUCUUGGUAAGCUGAUUGUGAACGAAGUGCAAAGAAAAACUUGCGUUUUCCUGUCGCCGGAUACGCGAGAGUUUUUAGGAUGGAUGCUGGAAGUGGAUCAGGAGGAAGAGUCAUUUGAAGAAGCACUACAGUUGCCAUUGGUCCAUGAAGAGAUUAUUCCAGAGCAAGACUCGAGACGCAAAUUCCUGUUUGAUGCUACUUCCGUUCGAGAGGGAGAGGAAGAUAUUAGCAACCUACAGAAAAAAGUGAAAGUGCUGGAGACUCUUGUAAAGGAAUAUAAUGCUUUGACAACGAAAGAGAAGACGGAGGUCCGAACUGUCCACGAUUAUCUGAUUCGGCAGUUAAAUCAGCUUUUGCAAUAUAUCGAAACGCGAGAAGCUGCAGGGAAAUUUGCACGGAUGCCUAUUGCAGCAGCUAGAACCGGCAGUAUCCUGCAAUAUCAAAGCGCAAUGCCUAACGCUACAAAUGCAAGCUUUCCGAUGACAAAAGAUGCAUUCUCUUCGCCAAUCAGUCACGCUGAGCCUCGUCACAGAGAAAUACGCAGCCUCGACAAAGUUUCAACAAAGCAACAUCGCAAAACAAAACGUGAAAAAAUCCGCAAUAACAGGAAGAACGCAAAUCGUAGAAAGCCAAUUCAAAGGCACAAGAAGCGUCGCAAGCAUCAAGAUCGCGCGCGAUUAUCGCCGGGAUUCGGGAAAUCGCGGCGAAAACGCGCAAAUCUAAAAGAAAAUAAUUCGGUUUAUUUGGGCUACGAGAAGCCAACAAUUUACGAUUCGUUCGACCUCCUCAAUGCGAAAUUGCCGGAGAAGAAAAAGAAGAGGAAACGGGAAUUAGUCGAUAAGAAAAACGCGGCGACAGAGAAUGACAGGAUGCUCGAUUUGUUACCAAUAAAGGGGAAGAAUCGCUUGGAGGACGAAGUGAUACUGCUCAACAAGCGGGAGGCCUGGAAGAGAGAGAACGAGAAACAGCUGGAGGAGGUCGCCUUUGGCAAAGACAUGAGGAAUAUCACGAGGAGAGAGAAGGAGCGACUCGAGAAAUUGGCGGAAGGAGAUAAACGGAAGGCGAUCGAUGAGGCGAGUUCCAGGACGAAGCGAGAGGGCAACAUUCGCGGGAUAUCAACUGUCAGAGGCGUAGAUCGUCCCGAUAAGACCUAUACAGCAUCUGAAAUUGGUAAUGGCGAGUCAGAGAAGAAUUUGAAAUCAAAGGACGAUAAUGGUAAUAACGGCGCAAGAGGGGAUAAGCUGGAAUUGGUUGAGCGAAGGAUCAAUGUUUUCGCGGAUAAUAGAAGCAAUGCUGCAACUGAUACAGCGGUCGCGGAAGUCGGAACAAGAGAAAAGUUAGCGACAAGCGCGGGAGCCAAUAACCAGGUUAAGGGAAAACUUUGCGGUAUAAAUCGUGAGACAAAAAUUGACAAGGCGAGCGGAAGUACGAGCCGCGUAAACUUGACGAACGACACGAAGCCCCGGGUCUCGAAGGAGCGGCGGAAAGUUUCGCAGGCGGAAAAAGAAGCGGAUGAUAACGCUGUAAAAUUAAACCGGACGACAAACUAUCGAAGCGAGGAAACGGAUCCAGAAAUCGAGCUGAAAAAUCUCAGGCGGGAACGAGGAGAGAAAAUUUAUGGCGUCGCAGACCGGAGAAUGACCGACUCGCUUUACGACGAUGAUAAUCUUGCUAGAAAUAAAUUUCGGAAGAAAUAUGUGGCUAAGUUGGACGAACCGGGUGACCUAGAUGCGAGACCUGAGAAUAAUUUGGAGCUUUUAAGAUUAAGAAGUAAUAAAUGGUCGAAUGGUGUUGUCGAAUGGAAGCUACUGCCGGUAAUGAAAAGAUCGCCGUAUUAUGAUGAUCGUGCUUUAUCAAGAAUUCGCUUAAUGGAAACAGAAAGACCCGCAUUCAGCUAUGUUAAAGAUGUAGAACUAGAACCCAACGUUUAUUUAAGCAGUCCGAAACCUUGGAGAUUCAAACAUCGAAAGAAAAGAAAUAAAGUGAGGCUAAUCAAUGGCAAUGAUACUUUCUCACGCGGAAUCUAUCCAAAGGCGAAACAAGCGUUCGAAAUAGCGAGAUUCGAGAAUCCACGAAUAAAUUCCAAAAUUUUUCCCGAAGCUCGAAAGCUAGCGCGAUUGAGAAACGGCGGGAAGUCGAAGAGCGUUGCAGAAUUUGUAGUGCCUUUCAUGCUAAAAGCUUCUGAUCGCGAAAUAUCCCGAUCUCGCAAUGAUCCAGAGCUUGGCGAUCCAAUGAUCUACGACGGACUUGGUCUGCGAUUGCCAGUUUGGCCAUAUUACGAUAAUUCGCCGAUUCUCCACUUUGUCCCGGAUAUUCGCGGGAGAGACGACGAUGCGCAUCGAUAUCCUGCGGGAGUGUAUCUCGAGUACGGCCCCUUUAAAGAGCAUGCACGUAAUUUGAACCGGCGAGUCGCAAGGCAAAAUAGAUUUCGCCUGAGAACCUUCGAAGAAGAAGCCGUCGAUUUUCCGGGGGAUAAUUUAGGAAACGAGAGCUCGGAAUCCAGAUUCGCGCACGGAAAGUUUCGCGUGAAAACAGACGAGCCGGCUCUUGCAAACCACGAAGAUUACUUUGUGUCUAAUGAAACAAAAGAUACACAGAAGUUGAAGAAAAGUAAUGAGACGAAAAUAAAAUUGAAAAGGUAGACGAAUCUCUUGAAACGAAAGAUCUAGUGGCUUGGCUAGUCAUUAUUUAUAAUUAAGGAUGUGAUAUGGCGCAGUUGAGUUAAGAAACGUGCAGCGAAGUAACGUAACAAAUCCAAUUAUUUCGUAAAUUUAUUACACGAGGAAAGAAUGUUUCGCGAUUUGAACUCGCGGUACAUUUUUAGAUCGAGUCGCGACGCGAUAAUUGUUAAGCGUCUAAAUAAUUUCAUUGGACGAAUCAGAUAAAUCGUCGAUGCGCGUUAUCGUAAUUGACACAUUCGCCCUAUCUAUGCGCCAGACAAGCCUGUGAAACCUCGUAAAUCGUCCUAGCUCGCCGGGAUGA